CAGCCUCCAUUAAAUCGCGGCGUGAAGGGCGGUGGGUCUCCAAGCGCUUUCCGUCUCUCUUUAUAAGCGCGGCUUGGCGCCUCCAACCCAACUGGACGGGUAUACCUCCACCAAACUAUACAUCUAGAUACUUUAUGCUCUACAAGUCUCGUUCGCAAACCCCGAUCCUGGUAUUGUAUCCGUACUCGGAAAUUGGCUGGCUGUGUCUGCCUAACCGGAAUUCCGAAAUCAUAGCGAGAAGCCUCUCCAUGAGCGUGCAUCCUUGCGCAUUUGGGCCUGGAGGCAGAAUUUAAAUUCCACCUAUUAAGCUGCCUCACGUCAUGACGUACAUGGAUCAAAUCCAAAUCGUCGGUUCCUCAGCGGCCUCUACAGCUGCCUGGAGCCGGCGCGACUUGUGGUCACGGUGCUCCCUUCGUCGCUCUUCCCUUCGCGAGGCUGGGAGAAAGAAUCAAUCGUCCUGAUGCCCAGACCGAAAGAGAAAGAGAGCCUUCCUUUCUCGUCUGCGGCACCCACUUUCCUCGAAAGUUGCGGCCUCCCUCGCGACUGCCGGACAAUGAGUACUUCAACUUCGGGUGCAGCAGCUUCUGGUAAGACUGUGUUUACAUUGACUUCCCGGGGCGGCCCUUAAUCUCUAUGACUCCAGCUGCGAGUAUACGACAUCAAUCGAGCACACUUGCCGCUUUAUUGCAGGAUGGAAAACACCAAUAUCGAUACGAUUGAAAUCGAGACUGAUGAGCUUCCCGUGGAAGAUGAAACUGAGCAGCUUCUGGCAGAGAAGGGGGAAGAUGCGGUGCCAUUGAGAUCGAAUGCCUCCCAUCCAUUCAAGAAAUGGAUGGACAGUUUCCGGACUCGCAGAAGGGUGCCUCCGACAAUUCCGGAAAGACACGUACCAGGCUGGUUCGAAUCAUCGCCAAAUGAAUUUGCCGCGCCCAACCCGGCUGGUCGCCGAGACUCGUUGUUGUCAUGGCAUUCAUCUCAGCUGGGAACAGUGAAGACCACCACCCUGAGCAUUACGAGCCGCAGCUUUGGAAGAUCUCGAGGAAAAACACAAAGUACUGCUGGCCAGAGCAGCCUCUCAGAUGCUCGAUUCUCAGCCGACAGCUCUCGCCCGACAUCCAGCCAGUACGUCGAUGAUCAGGCAGAGAUCCGCGCGAACAAGAGGCGCCACGUAUUGCAGGAAAUACUCAUCACCGAGGCUGACUAUGUCAUGGGCCUCAAAGCUCUUACAGGAGUGGGUCAUCUGGCUGCAGAUCAUAUGCUGGGGAUCACUUCGCUAACCGGAGAUUGCAAGGUUCUCUCGAUUUUUGACACUCGACCUGAGAUAUAUCACAACAUUCAGAUAAUUCGCGGCAUCCACGAAAAAUUCUUGACUCAAUUGCAAACCAUCUCCCCCAUGUCCUCUUCACAGGCUGCCGACGGCGCCUCCGACCUAGUCGCUCGGGGGGUUUCAAAACGCUUGGGUGGAAUCGACUUGCCUGGUCUGAGAGGUCUGCAGAGUCGGUCUUUAAGAAGUCGAAGUUUGAAAGCGAGUAUGAAUCGGCGUCUGAAAGCGAUGCGAGCUGAGCCUUUGGAGGCUCUCGAAGUCGCACGCGCCGUGGAGAAUUUGUCGAUGUCCUUUCCCGUGUAUGAAGAGUUUUGCAGUAAUUACGAUUUGUUCACCCAAGACUUGGCCAUAUUACGACGCUCGGUUCCGAAUUGGGCAAUGUUCGAUCAGGGUAUCGAAGCGCUGUCAAAAUCAGUCGCCUCCAUUGAAAGCCGAAAGCACGAAGAAAGCAAGUCCAUGACUAUGAGUGAUUUGAUGAUCAAGCCCAUCCAGCGAUUGUGCAAGUAUCCGCUUCUCCUGCAAGACCUGCUCCGGAAUACCCACGUCAGCGAUUGUCCAUCAUCUCAUAAUGGAAUGCGGCAAAUUUUGGAGAAUUUGCGCGUUCUCGUGGCCCGAAUCAACUCGGCAACCGGAAAUCCCGUCAAAAAAGAUCGGAUUCAAAAGACAAUUCUCCUUCAAGGGCGAUUUGAAUUUUCUGAAUCGUACAAACUGCAGGACAUAUAUAAAGACUUGGGCCCAAUGACGCUUUGCGGUGUUUUGCACGUCACCUAUCAAAUCCCAGGGCAAACGACGGGAGACUUCAUGGUCUCUGUGCUCUUCAACUGCUAUUUUCUUCUUGCUAGCGGAUUAGACGAUGGCCGACGACUGGAGGUGGUAGCUUGUAUCUACCUAGGUGAUUUGAAGGAAGAAACCAUCCAAAAUGGGCAAGGUCUUUUUUGCUAUGGUUGUCCGUUCUCGUGGAAGUUUCAGUUUCAAGUGCGAGAAGAGAACUAUGAAUUCGUGCUGAGUGCAUCAUCCUCAAUCGAGGAGAGACUAUGGAAGACGGAGACCCUAAAGUGCUCUGCAGCCCUGGCAGAGAAGGGGCAGCCAGGUGGGACUUGGGAUCCAAGAAAGUAUACUCUCCUGAACCUUCCUCUGGUACCGUUGGAUCACAUCCAAUACACAGUGGCUUCCCUCGCCAGACGCUCAUCGAUGGACUCUGUGGGAAUCCAACGUAAGGCUAGUGUCCAACCCGUGGUCAUCAAAAAGACACAUUUCCCGCACACGUCAGACGAGGUCACCAACCCACCACCGGAGGGUGAGAUUGAAAGGCCUAAGACCACGGUUGCACGCGGUGCUCUAACCGUGACUGCAAGACGUGCGGAACGAGUUCGACUGGAGCGAUUGAUCUCGGAUGCCUAUACUCGAGAUGUGCUUCCCUUGCCGGGAAUGGUGCUUGGCCGAGGGGAUAUAUUUCGGCGUGGCUCGAUUAUGAGACGCCUCAGCCUUCAUGCCACAUUUGCCAAACGGUCCAGCUCGGUCAGUAUUGCGAGCCAAUCCGGAAGGGCGGUCGCCGAUGCUCGGUCGAUCGAUUAUCAAAGUGGGGAGGAAAAGGAUGUGGUGACCACCCAUGAUAGGACCAACGACCAGCGUCGCUCAGCGGAGGCAGAGUGUGAGUCGCCUAAAACGCCUACUUCUACACUUGGACGUCAAAGGACGAUUCGAUUCCGAAGCACAUCCAAAAGAACGUCCGAAUCGGCGUCUUCGCCACGGAGUGAGAAAUGCACUAGUCAGGAGAGCAGCUCUGGGUUAUCUCUAACACGGAAAAAAUGGUCGUCGACCAUGGGCCUACUAAGUGCGCUUUCACCGAAGAAUUUGAUCAAGCCACGGUCCAGCAUGGGGCAUGAGGACGAGAAUUGAGGAGGAGGGAAGCUAUCGUCGUCGGAUUUGGUAGCUCGGGAUGGUGUCACAUAGGUGGCAGGUUGGUAUGUUUAGCGUGGAAUACUAUUAUUACCAUCGAC